UCCCAAACUGUCUCGUUCGUCGUGACCCAUCCGUCCACCGUCCACAGACUGUUCGGGUCGCAGGUUUGGGCUGGGAAUGCCAAGUGCUACUACCUUCGAAGCAGGUUCAGCAGCCAGUCCCAGAGAUUCUGCGAGGCCUCUGAUUCAUCGAUGAUAUGUUCACCGCAAUCCCAAACAGCUUCGUCCGUCCUGACCCAGCCGUCCUCCGUCCACAUGGAGUUGGGGUCGCAAGUUAGGUUGCACGCGAACCAGUAGUCGUUCUUCUUGUACACUUCGCCCCUGGCUCAGAGCAGCACUGGGACAGUGCGCAAGACGCCCCGUUGGGCGUGCACGGAAGCCGAAUCUCCUGACAAUCCCAAACUGUCUCGUUCGUCGUGACCCAUCCGUCAACCGUCCACAGACUGUUCGGGUCGCAGGUUUGGUUGCACGAUUUGGUUGCACGAGCUCCAAUGGUCGUUCUUCUUGUAGCACUUCGCCCCUGGCUCAGAGCAGCACUGGGACAGUGCGCAAGACGCCCCGUUGGGCAUGCACGGAAGCCGAAUCUCCUGACAAUCCCAAACUGUCUCGUUCGUCGUGACCCAUCCGUCAACCGUCCACAGACUGUUUGGGUCGCAAGUUUGGUUGCACGAGCUCCAAUGGUCAUUCUUCUUGUAACACUUCGCGCCAGGCUCAGAGCAGCACUGGGAAAGUGCGCAAGACUCCCCGUUCUGCGAGCAAACGGAGGCUGUCGCAGCAUCGGGGCUACUCGCAGAGUCUGACGAAACAUCAGUGUCAGCUGCAGUCCCAGCACCGGAGUCAGUCGAAGCAUCGGUACCAUAAAUACUGAUGACCUCGCAAUCCCACACUGUUUCGUUCGUCUUGACCCAACCGUUCUCCAUCCACAUGUAGUUUGGGUUGCAAGUUUGGUUGCACGCGAACCAAUAGUCAUUCUUCUUGUAGCACUUCGCCCCGGGUUCAGCGCAGCACUGGGUAAGUGCGCAAGACGCCCCAGUCGCCGAGCACGGCGGCCGAAUCUCCGUGCAGUCCCAGACUGUCUCGUUCGUCUCGACCCAGCCGUCCGUCUUCCACAUGUAAUAUGGGUUGCAAGUUUGGUUGCACGAGCUCCAAUGGUCAUUCUUCUUGUAGCACUUCGUGCCAGGCUCAGAACAGCACAUGGUAAGUGCGCAAGACGCCCCCGUCUGCGAGCACGGGUCGGUCUGGUUGGGAUCCGCGCCGCUCACAUCGCUGGCAGCCUCGACAAUGAUAGCCUCGGGAGAGGCAAGAGUCGCGGCCCCCGUGGAGGGCCGCGCGCGCCAAGCCACAGCAAGCAAAGCCAACGCCGCCGCGGCCGCCGACAGCGCCGCCGCCCCGGCCACAGCGCGCUGCUCGCGCGGCGCGCGCGGCGCCCGCGCGGGGGCGAUCACUCCUGGCUCGCAGUCGCUCUCGAGGGGGAGCUGGAGCGGCAGGAACUCGCUCCUGUCCGCGCGCAUGGCAGACGAACGAUCGAGCUGCAGCGAGCGCCUGUCGGGUGGGAGCGCGAGUCUCGGGCCUUGAGUCAAAAUGACUUGAGCCGAA